ACCAUUUUCCUGUUCUCAAUAAUGGGAUUUUUUUUUCUUCGUUUUGUUUUGGUAACAGUUAAGGUUAACCCUUCUCUGACCAAGAAGAGGCAUCUGGCUGCCGCCCACUUUCGGUUUUGCCGAAACCUUCUGGAACACACAGUGUCUUCCGAGAAUCUGAACCAUCGCUUACGGCGGGAGCUUGGCAACAGCUUGACAUGGCACGAUGGCCGGGGGCACCGAUCAGCUGGAAGCAGGACCAUCAAAUUGCUUAAACAGCCUGGCACAGAAGUAUCACAGGUCAGACCCAGCGAUCAAUACGGCAUAUAUCACACUAGUCCGUCCUUCAGCUGCCUCACUAAACCCGUCGUCCUGUGGACUCAGCAAGACGUGUGCAAGUGGCUGAAGAAACACUGUCCACACAACUAUCUCACUUAUGUCGAGGCCUUUUCUCACCACGCUAUCACAGGCCGAGCUCUGCUGAGGCUUAACGCUGAGAAGUUGCAGCGCAUGGGGAUCAUCCAUGAGUCUCAGCGGCAAGAGGUUCUACAGCAGGUUUUACAGCUACAAGUACGCGAGGAAGUCCGUAAUCUGCAGUUGCUUAGUCAAGCUUCCUUUGGAAACUUCUCCUAGGGCGAAUUCUUCUGGAGGCUGACUGGUGCACACCAGCAUCAAACCAGCGGUGACCUAGGACGCUGGGAUAGACUGAUUGACAGCUAGACUCCCUUAUAACCUCUUGUGGAUCCCUGCAUUAUGGCGUCUGUUCAUAUACGUACACUGGAUCAUCUACAGCCGGAGUGGGGCCAACAUCUCUCCCGACCCGACCCUUUUCCAAAAAGUCCAGUCCUACAGUUCAGUCCUGUAUCUGUGCGGAAUUCUUAUACUGGAGAAACAGUGAUGGAACAGUAUAGAUAGGAGUAACUCCAACCCCACUGCAAGUCAUAGAUCUCUGCUCCACACAUUUAUUAGCAUAUGUCGGGUCGGAGUGCUUCCGCAUUUCCUUAUCGUCUUUCUUAGUGCCAAAAAGAGUUCUACAUUGCUGUGCCCUCGAUAGCCUCAGUUCUGCUAGUUGCAAAGGACUUAAUCAUUCAGGUAAUGAUGGGAGUGAUGCUUUACAACACAAUUUCAGGUCUAGAUAUAAUGUCAUUAAAGCUUUUAGUAUUGAGAAGAGAACUAUUAGUUCCUAAAGGGGUUCAGUUAUGUUUUAGGAAAUAAGAACCCCAUCAGUGGCGGCAGUAUUGAGAUGCAGCCACUAGGGGGCACUGGUAAACCUAUCCUAAUGGGUGCCAAUGGAAACUGUCAGCCGAUAUUCUCAUUUUGCAUUAGUUUUAACUAGUUAAUAUCUAUUAUUACUACAGACCCCAUGAACAGAGCACUUAAUGUAUAUGAAAGGUGGGUCCCUUUAUUCAACGUGACAUCAGUUAGUAAAUUACAUAUUGUUCUCCUGUAAUAUAUAAUAAGAAGGUUUCCUAGCAAUGACAUACAGCCUAAUCUACAGGCUAAAAGGUGGAACUGUAGCCAGGCCGGCCUCACUGUAUGGAAACGCAAAGUCCUAUAUUCUAUAUUCAUAAAUCAUAUUUAUGUGAAGAAACCUUCAGCUUUGUGAGAUAUCGCCGUUUUCUCAUCACGUGACGAUAUUUGUGUCACUCCACCUUCGUCCUGCGAGGAUCGUAUACAGCAAGGCUCAUUUACAAACCUUAUAUAUUCAAGGCUCAGUAAUUUGACUAAGAUCAUUGCAAGGUUGUAAAUGGAGGCG